UAACUGCAAGAUUUGCAACAGUGCAUUUUCAAGAAAAAAUAAUCUGGUGAGACACAUGAGAACACAUACAAAAGAAAAGCCAUACAGCUGCGAGAUUUGCAAUAAGGCCUUUUCUGAAAAAGGUCACCUAGUAGCGCACAUUAGAGUACACACCAAGGAGAAGCCAUACAGUUGUGAAAUUUGUAAGAAGGACUUCACAGAAAAAUCUAGUCUAGCAAGACAUGUGAGAGUACAUACAAAGGAGAAGCCAUACAAUUGUGAGAUUUGUAACAAGAACGUUUCGCUUAGAGCUAAUCUAGUGAGUCAUAUGAGAAUACAUACAGAGGAGAAACCAUACAGCUGUGAGGUUUGUAACAAGGGAUUUUCACAGAGAAAUCGUUUGGGAAGUCAUAUGAGAGUACAUACAAAAGAGAAGCCAUACAGCUGUGAGAUUUGCAAAAAGUCCUUCUCACAUCAAACUAGUCUAGAGAUCCAUAUGAGAAUACAUAGAAAGGAGAAACCAUACAGCUGUGAGAUUUGCAAUAAGGCCUUUUAUGCAAAAAGUCAUGUAGUAAGGCAUAUGAAAGUACACACAAAAGAAAAGCUAUACAGCUGUGAGAUUUGGAACAAGGCCUUCUCAUAAAACUGCUCCAUAUGAGAGUACUUAUAAAGAAGGAGUCAUAGUGCUGUGAGAUUUGUAAUGUAUUUUCAUGGAAACAGAUUAUGGCGAAUCAGAUGAUAGUACAUGAGAGUAACAAUUUGUAUCAAUUAAAGGUGUACACUUCCUCUUGACAUUAAUAGGAAAGAAAUGUUCUAAAUUUUGCAGGAUCUCUUUAUAUAUAUACCCCCCCAAUCCCUUGCCCGUUGUUGUCGUGGGGGGGCUUAGGAGGCGGAG